AUGGCGCCGGUUGUGGAUAGGUCUGCCAUUCCUGGCACGGUGACGCUUGUUGAUGUGCAACACGUUUUGAACACGCGUCAUGUGGAUGGAGGCAAUGGAGAUAUUGUUCUGAUUCCAGCCCCGUCUGCAGACCCAGAAGACCCCUUGAAUUGGAGUCCGAAGAGGAAGCUUCUGUCGACGAUUUGCGUGAGCGUAUACACAUUGUUCACAGGUAUUGCCUGCUCGGUGGUUUACUCUGUCGAAACCCAGCUGUCCGAAGAGACUGGGUUGUCGGUCAGCACAAUCAAUGAAGGCACAGGUUAUAUGUUCUUGUUGGCGGGAUGGGGUCUGUUGUUCUGGCAGCCAUUCUCGAUGCAGUACGGCAAGCGAUUGACAUACCUUUUGUCGAUGGCGGGUGUCUUGGGCAUGACGAUUUGGGGACCAUAUGCAGGCACUGACGGCCAAUGGAUCGCCCGAAACGUCCUCUCAGGCUUUUUCACUGCUCCUAUUGAAGCUCUACCGGAGAUCACAGUCACUGAUGUCUACUUUACACACGAGCGAGGAACUUACAUGGGAUUGUACGCCUUCUUCCUGGCCGGCAGUAACUACUUUGCACCUGUGAUCUGCGGUUUUAUCGCACAGUACCAAGGGUGGCGGUGGGUGUUCUAUUGGCCCAGUAUCUUUGUCGGCUGUGCCAUGGUCUUCCUAUUCUUCUUCAUGGAAGAGACCAACUACGUGCGCGAGCAAAUCGAAGAUACCACCAUUGCCAAUGUGCGACUCGGCACUUGCCAUAGCUCUCAAAGCAGGGAUCCGGAGAAAGCUGUGCCAAAGGCUGAACCUGUUUUGACCGAGACUGGGGAGAUUUAUGCCAGAAAGACAUAUAUCCAGAAGCUUUCCCUUUUGGCUCCCAAGCAGAAGCAGAAUAAUAUGUUCCGACAGCUUUGGCAGACCUUGUACUUCCUUUCCUGGCCAGUCAUUUUCUAUGCUGGAUUCUCUUACGGUUCGUACCUGGUCUUCUUUAAUAUCCUAAACGGUACUGCUUCUAUCAUCUUGGGUGGACCUCCGUACAAUUUUGGUUCCUCUAUGGUGGGUCUGAGCUACCUCGCAUGCAUCUUAGGCGUGGCUAUUGGAUCCGUAUUCACGGGCCGAUUCAGCGAUUGGCUCACUAUCAAACUGGCGCGUCGCAACGGGGGUAUCAUGGAAGCUGAGCACCGUCUUUGGCCUUUCCUGGCAUGUCUCAUCCUAGUUCCCGGGUCCCUCCUCCUCUGGGGCGUUGGUGCUGCACACGAGGUGCACUGGUUUGGCCUCAUUGUCGCGAUGUGCCUGCUGGCUUUUAGCAAUACCUGCGGCAUCACUCUUAGUGUCAACUACCUGGUAGACAGCUACCAUGAGUUAAGCGGUGUGGCGAUGGCGACCGUGAUUUUGGUGCGAAACACCAUGUCUUUCGCCAUCGGAUACGGGAUUACACCGUGGAUUGACAAUAUGGGGUACCAGAACUGCUUCAUCUCCGCGGCCUUUGUUGGGAUGGCCUGCGCCGCGGUUUUCCUGGUGAUGAUCAAGUGGGGCAAGGCGUUCCGAGUGCGUAGUCGCGAGAAGUACUGGCAGAUCGUGCAGGAGAACUGGGAGAAGGGGAUGGGACAUUAG